ACCCGUUCCAGUUCAGUGAGAGAAACAUGAACUUCGAAUCACCCUUAUUGCCAGUCCCGGAGAUUUUGGCUGCCUUCAGAGAAUCUGACGUGAAUCUGAAUGAAAAUGAUUUGAGCAGACCUGAUCCGAGGAGAUGGAGAGAGAUUUAUGGUCAAAUAUUUGAAUGGCUGACUUCGCGGUCUAUCGAGCAAGCAACACAGUCCUUGUGCCGCACUCUUCCGAUGCGAACUACCCACCCUGAGCUAUACGAAGAAGGGUUUGCACAGAUGGCUUUUACGCUCUGCAUGCAGAGGGUUUUGUGCAGCUGUGGUUUUGAAAGUUUUUCUGUGGAAGAUGUCAUAGCGCCCACUGCACAGCGGUCUUCAAGGAUUUUAAGUGCCUUCAUCAACUUUUCUCGUCACUCUGAGAUCAGAAGGGCAUUUGCAGAUGAGGAGAAACAGAAUAUAGAGCGAUCAAGAGGAGAGUAUGACAGUGUGGUGAACAGGCAGAGAGAACUCAAGAGCAAACUGGCCAAAAUGAAUGAAACUCGGGAGCAGAGGGAAACGGAAAAACAGCAACUUCAAGAGGAGCAGGAGCAGGCGAAGCGGCAGAUGAUGGAGCUGGGGAAGCAGCAGGAGGCCGAGCUGAGGAGUGUGGACGAGCUCAAGCUGCUCCUCUCGGAAAGGGAAAAACUGGCCGAAAAUCUCAAGCACCAGAUCUCAGAGGUCCAACUGGAGAUCGAAAAAUUGUCCAGUAAAAUCAUCCACUCUCCGGAGAGAUACAAGCAGGAGCAGGAACGUCUUCAGAAGCGAGUUCACGAACUGAAGGAGGAACUGGCGCGGAAGGAGCAGAUUCUCUCUGAGAACAGACAGCUCUUGGAACAAACGGAAGGAAAGAGACUUGCUGCAGAGAGGGCGGUGAAGACAAGCGUCGAAGUCCAAGGGUGUUUGGACAAGGAAAAUGAGGUUGCGAGCAAAAUCCAGAAAGUUAUGGAACGUCGUAACGAACUGCGAGACAAACACAAUCAGCUGUACAAACAACAGGAGGAUCUGGCGGAGAAGCUGACGGUCAGACAGGAGCAGAAGCGACAGAUCUUUCUCCAAACCGACAUCAACAAACAACACCAGCACCAGAAGUUGACAGACCUCAGGCAGUACAAGGAGAAGAAAGAGGAAGACAUGAGGAGUCUGAAGGCAGCCAUCGAGCAAGUGGGGAACAAAACGUCGUACGUCCUACAGGAGGCGAAUGAAAUCGAUCGACAAGUCGAGGAAGAGAAACAGGAGUGGCAGAAAGAGUUUACGGAGCAACUGAAUGAGAUCGACGCCGUGCAUUCAAUAGUCGCUGAUGGUUUUGCGGAUUUCAGAAUGACAAUGACAGACAACUGAAUUAUCCCAAGUAGUUUUUAAUUUGUUUUAAAUUCAUGCUAAACGUAUUAGCUACUAUUUUUGUCAACCAAUGUCAUUUGGAAAAGGAAAGUAUGUGACAAUAUUAUUACCAGUUUUCUACCUUUGCAUGAAGUUAUUGGUGAAAUAUCUGUUUGCUUUGUUCAUAACUGUAAAUAAAUGUUCAUGAAAGUGCUAAUGAUA